AUGCUUUCAUGCAUCUUAAAACCGCCUCUCUUUAUACUGCUACAUUUUGUAUUUCUUCCACCUAACGAAGGAUAUAGAAAUUAUAAAGAAGGCGACAUUAUAGUUGGUGGUCUACUCGACAUCCACUAUCCCGGCACUAGUGAUCAAUGUACUGAGAUCUCUACCGCUGAUCUGGGAUACGCAGAGGCUACGAUCUUCACUAUUGAGAAAAUUAACAAGAAUUCCAGUAUUUUACCGAACGUGACCAUCGGAUACGACUUAAGAGACUACUGUGGGAGCAAUGCUCGGGCCGUGAAGAUGGCCUAUGACCUCAUGUUCACGUGUAAUGGCGAUUCAGUACAUAUGUCUAACCAAAACAUCAGCACCUCCCCCACCAGCUAUGUCAAGGAAAACAACACCAAGACCAUCUCAGCGUUAGUUGGCCCUGCCGAUUCCGCAAGCGCAGUGCUAGUAGGAAGUCUGCUUCAGGUUUUUGACAUUCCCGCCAUCAGCCCGAGUGCAACAAGCGAUGAGUUAAGUUCACAAAUGUACAAAGACUUUUUCAGAACAGUUCCACCAGACAAAUGGCAAGCAGAGGUCAUGGCAGACAUCAUAGAGCUCUUUAACUGGACUUACGUGGCGGCUGUCGGGUUGGAUGAUUCUUAUGGACAGAACGGUAUUUCGGCGCUGGAAAAGGAAUCCUACAACCGGAAAACAUUUUGCAUUGCUUUUUCUGAGUAUAUUCCACGGCUAGGCCAUUGGAAUAAAACAAAGCAAACUGUUCUCAAGAUUAAAAGGAGGUCUGAAGUUGCAGUGAUCAUUGUUUGGCUUUCUGGCGGUCAAGGAAGAGCAUUUUUUGCAGAGGCUACUGCUCAAAAUCUUGAAGAAAAGACUUGGAUACUUAGCGACGCACUGACAGUAAAUCUUAACUCUCACUUCACAAUACUAAACGGCUCCUUGGGAAUAAAGCCACAUGAUUAUUCUGUUCCCGAAUUUGAAGAGCACCUUAAGACGAUCACCCCUGCCAAAAGCAUUGAAAGAGGCGCAGAGUGGUGGGAAGAAUUCUGGAGAUUACAAUUUAACUGUUCAGCCACAAACGCCGACGAUUCUGGGGUUGCACUUUGCGAAGCAAAUCUGACUUUACACCAUGCGCUUCAAAAGAUACGCGGUUCCUUCGUUUCUUACAUAAUUGACGCUGUAUAUGCUAUUGCACAUGCCCUAGAUAACAUUUACCGCUGUUCUCAUACUAUACAUGAUGCUGGUAAAAGAGGUAAUUGUCCUCUAGUAAAGCCAGUUGUAAAGGGACAUGAUCUAAAGAAAUAUCUCAGAAAUAUUAGUUUUCAGGGCGGAACUGGCAGGGUGCGAUUUGACAAGUUUGGUGAUCCUUUAACCGCUUCCUACGACAUCAUAAACUUCCGGCUUGAUUCAACCACAGACGGAGCUCGCAAAAAUAUUCUGGUUGGAGCUUGGAACAAAAAAAACACGCCCAAACUCAAAGUAGAUUUGUCCAGGCUACGAUGGAGAACUCCCUUCACCCCGUUAUCCUCUUGUUCAUCAGAAUGUUUACCUGGUACCAGAAAGAAGAAAACCGAGCCAUGUUGCUGGGAUUGUAUUAAGUGUCCACUGGGAACUGUCAGUACCAAAGUCGGAUCUAUUAGCUGCACUGGGUGUGACCCAGAGACAAAGUCAAACGAAGGGCGAAGUAGGUGUGAAAAGUUACCAGUCAUCAACAUCACGCAUUCAAAUGUCUCUGGAAUUACCAUAACAGUGGUGGCUUCCAUCGGUUUUAUUCUCAUAUUGUUAAUUGGAGGCACCUACAUCAAGUUUUUCAACACCCCAGUCGUCAAGGCUUCUAACAGAGAGAUCUCUUUUCUGUUGCUCUUUGGUAUCUCAUCUCUCUUUAUAUUAGCCUUUCUCGAACUUACUGAGCCCAGCCAUUCACUUUGCACCGCAACAUUUUUCUGGCGCUAUUUUGGUCUCAAUCUUUGUAUCACGGUGCUCUUUUUGAAAACUAUGCGAAUAGCAAGCGUCUUUGAGGUUGAUAAAUUGGCGAAGUUGUUUGCACCGUGUUACAAAACCUUAACAAGGCAAGGCAUCUUUCUCUCUGUUAUGAAUUUAGCUCUCCAUUGUUUAUUAGCCCUGUGGAUCUUUCUUGACCCCCCGAGGCGUAACAAAAUCAUCCGCCUAGAUGAGUACGUCUUUCUUGUGUGUAAACCAUUUGACGCCAAAGUCGGCCUUGCACUGUUCAUCGCAGUCUGUGCUUACACGCUCAUUGUGGCUUUCCUAUGUACGUAUUACGCUUUCAAAGCAAGGGGAAUUCCUGACAACUUUAACGAGACAAGAUACAUAGGGUUCUCUAUGUGUAUUCUACUGUUGUCAUCGCUGGCAUAUUACCCUGUGCUGUUUGCUUUUGAGAGCUGGAGCGUGACAAUUGUGUCUUGUACUACGACUUUAGUAACUUCGUUUGGUUUGUUGGGAUGCAUGUUCGGACCCAGAAUCUACAUUCUCUUUUUUCAUUCCCAGCAAAACACCAUCGAAAGAGUUAGGUCGCAGGUGACGAAUUUCUCCUUUAGUAACGUAACGGCAACCAGAGUUUUGCCUGGACAAAUUAAUGAAGGAGUACCUAACGCUGCACUGAAUACCGAAAAUUAAGAACGCUGUAUUGCAGUUCCCCACCAGCCAUUCUUUUGACCAGUAACAUGGAAAAAUACUUUAAACUUCUCAAUCUGUACCUCCCUUAAUCAUUAAAUACACUAGACUUCUUUACCUUGUAUGUUUUGUCUUCCUGUACUCGAAAAUGACAGCGUACAGAAAGUCAAAUAGCUGUGAGACGACCUUUCGUGGACUGAUAGAGGACUGGAAACUGGCUGUCGACUCAAAACAACUCGUUUAUGUUCUAUCUACUGAUAUGAGUAUUAGGCCUUCGACUGUUUGAGUCACUCUCUGACAGUAAAGAAGUUGGAGGCUUAUGGCUUUGGAAGUGGAUCUCUCGACUUGAUGCGAUCGUUUCUGUAAAACAGACGAAACAGAGUAAAACGGGGUGAAAUUACAAGCAUUUGGAAACCUAUGAAACGUAGAUGUCUGCGAGGAUCAUCUUUGGGCCCUUACUAUGGAACAUGUUCCAGAAUGAUCUACCGCUGCAUGUCGAGAAUGGAAACAUAACCAUGUACGCGGAUGACCAUCAAUUGCAUGUGAAUCGAACAAAUCACGAAAUAGUUAGACAGCAACUGAAAACAAGCAGCAAGCAAGCUCUGAUAUGGUAUUCAAAUAAACUUUAUCAGCUAACCAAGAGAAGUUUCAGUUCCUAAAUAUCAACCCAAGAAAAAUUGAUGGAGAUACGAGUGAUGAAGUGCUAAGCCUGGAUGGCCUACCCAUUGACAAAUCAGAGGACAUUAAACUACUAGGAGUCCACAUCGACGACGACCUUGAUUAAAAGAAGCAUAUAAGUGAGCUGUAAAAUAAGACUAGCCAAAAAGUCGGGAUACUAUCGCGUUUAAGACAUUUAAUACCAUCUAAGGCUAAGCUGUUGCUGUAUGAAGCUUUUAUUUUGCCCCACCUUACAUAUUGCCACCUAAUAUAGCAUUUUUGUAAGUCGUCAGACAAAAGGAAGGUGGAACGAAUACCAAGAACGGGCAUUGAGUCGAGCCAUAUAUAGAUCCCACUCCGAUACGUAUGAAGAACUCUUAGAGAGGGCUAACCUUCCCAAGUUGUAUAACAGACUUCAAGACAUCGUAGUACUGAUGUAUAAAGUCAAGUAUGGUUCGAUCAGAUAUAUAGUUCCCUUCUUAUGGUCUAAACUAAACAAAGACUACGAGAAGCUUCUAGCUAGCUUAGCCAGUUUUUGGAACAAAAUUAGAAAACUGAACUUUUCGGGGUAUAUUUCUGAUAAUCGAAACUGUUAUAAACUCUGAAGUGAAUAGACAACAAUUUAAGUAUCACAGUAUUGUAGUUGUCUACUUACCAUUGUAUUUUAUUGAGGGUAUAGAUAUUAAUUGUAAAUACCCAUUUUUAGCAUUUUCUUUUAAUAGUUAAUGUCCCCAGUUAGUCCCUUUGGGCUAAAUACUCUGACACUUAAAUAAAGGUUCUUAUCUUAUCUCAUCUUAUCUAGUGUGCUUAACACGCUUUUUAACCUCAUUGAUGACGUAGUCUGAGAUGCUGUAAGCGGCCUCUAAAAAAUCUAUCGCUAACCCGGAGUUAGCACAAUUUAAGUCAAUUGCAUUAUUCCGCCAAUCGAAACGAGUUAGUCUAACUAAUUGUGAUGAUGUGACAUUUUUAGCUCUUGGUCUGUUCGAAAGCUGCAUCUUUGCUACCUUUUCCAUAUUCUCGAGUUCGACAAAUUCCAAAUACUCGAAUUGGGAGACGAAUGAAUGAACGGAUUAAGGAACAUGACCUACACAUACAGCUUUCACCAACUCAAACCUCAGCCAUUCUGGAACACCCUUUUUACGACCAUGUAUCAUACUUAGAUUGCGUUUAUUCUUCCUUAAUAGAAAGUUACGUCUUUGUCCAAAUGCCCCAAAUAAAUUUUUGUAUGCCUAAAAUUAUGCAUGUUUGCCCUGAACAUUUCCUUAUUUAAAUAAUACCGAUAACACUUUUGACCCCUAGGUAGGACCGUUCAAUGAUUUGUCGAUUUUCAGGUUUCAUUGACAGAAAUACUCCAUCUUGGGAUAGUUGUCUUUUAAUACAUCUGUCUUCGGCUGACUUCCAGUUGGCGUUUAUUUGUUACAUGCAGUUCCUGGAUGACAAAAGGAAGCGUUCGUUGCACACCAAAAGUGAAACGUUCGGUUAAUUAUGUCAAGAAAAGGGGAAUAAAUCCUUAUCAGUCCAAUGAGGCAUUCCGUACGAAAGACAUGAUGAAGCAGGCUUUGAGUCCGCAUGAAUAAUGAGUAAGCUAAAGUAACGUAUUUCACUGUGGUUUAACUUCAUUUUAGAUUUUUUCCGGCAGGAAAUAAGUGCAUUUUGAAAACAGGAACACCAAGAUGAUUUAUAUUUUAUAUCUGGCGUCAAUAUUGAUCUCAUAAUUCUGCAGGAUGGUGUAGAUUGGGGCAAGGUGGUGUAGAAUGGUACAGAAUGGUGCAGGAUAGUGUAGAUUGCUGCAGGAUGAUACAGUAUGAAGUAGGGUGUUGCAGAUUGGAUCAGGAUAGUUCAGGAUGGUGCAGGUUAGUAAAGGUUGAUGCAGGUUAGUGAAAGUUGAUGCAGGUUGGUGCGGAUUGCUGCAGGAAAGUACAGGUAGGUGAAAGUAAGUGCAGGAUGGUGAAAGUUGGUGCACGAUGGUGCAGUUUGGUGCAGUAGGGUGCAGGAUACUGCAAGUUAGUGUUGGUUGGUGGAGGUUGGUGAAGGUUGGUGACAAUUGGUGCAGAUUAAAGCAGGAUGGUGCAAGUCGCUGCAUUUUUCUGCAGGUCAGUUCAGGAUGGUGCAUGUUGUUGUAGGUUGGUUCAGGAUAGUGUAGGAUGGUGCAGGGUGGUCAAGGUUGGUAAAAGUUGGUGCAGCAUGGUGCAGGAUGGAGCCGUUUGGUGCGGGAUGGUGCAGACUGGCACAGAAUGGUGCAAGCUGGUACAGAAUGAUACAAGUUGGUGCAGGAUGAUGCAGAUUGGUGCAGAAUGGAGCAGGACUGUGAGGGAUGGUAAAAGUUAGUGCAGGAUGGUGCAGAUUGGUACAUGUUGGUGCAGGAUGUUGAACGAAGGUACAAGUUAUAGUACAUGUUGGUCAAGGUUGGGGCAGGAUAGUGCACGUUGGUGCAGACUGCCCCAAGAUGGUGCAGGUAGGUGCAGGUAUGAGCAGGAUUGUGCAGGACUGUGCAGACUGGUGCAAAAUUGUGCAAGCUAGUGCAGGUUGGUGAAGGUUGGUGCAGGAUGCUGCAGUUUAGAGCCAAUUACUUCAGUAUGCUGCACGUAGUUUCAGGUUAGUGCAGGAUGGAGCAGAUAAAUAUGAGAUGUUGUUGUUGUUACAUAGAUAGAAAUACACAUUAUCUCCCUCCGUCAUUUUGAAUUUCUUUUAAAAACCGUGAUCUGCCCCAGAGGGGGGAAUCUGGCUCCUUUUUCACAAGAAAUUCAUAACAAGGCGUCAUCCUCGUCACAAGGCGUCAUCCUCGUUGAGGGCAGUAGUGUUGUUUCCGACCAUGGGUGUGUCUUUAGUGAUUACUUUGCCAAUAUUAUUCAGUUAGAGCAUAGAUCUGACACUGACUACACUGAACAUCCUAGUAUCAAGGCAAUAAGCAAUCUACGUUUCUCAAGUGAGUUUAAUUACUCCCCAGUCAGUACUUCAUAUAUCCGUAACAUCUUAGACCACCUUAAUCCGAGAAAGGCAGUUGGGGUAGACGGCAUUUCACCACGAAUCUUGCGUUUAGGAUCCCCAGUUCUUGCCGAAGAGGUGACUAAGUUGAUCAACUUCUGUAUUCGGAAUCGGUCAUUGCCGUCUGAAUGGCAGCAAGCGCGCCUUACCCCUGUCUUUAAACGGGGGAUUGACACAGACAAAGCAAACUACUGCCCUGUCUCAAUAUUAACUUCGCUAUCGAAGGUAUUUGAGAAAGUUAUUUACGACCAAACUUGGAAUGCAUUUCACAGCGUUUUGUCCUCAGACUUAUCUGGAUUUAUGAAAACUCACUCUUGCUGCACUGCGUUGCUAAAAAUGACAGAAGAUUGGAGGAACAGUAUUGAUAACAAGGAAGCUGUGGCGGCGGUCGCUGUGGACUUGAGUAAAGCGUUUGAUGCCAUAAACCACAGCCUUCUGCUCGCAAAGUUGAAGGCCUACGGCUUUUCUCCACAUGCCUUGGAACUGAUGUCCAUCUACCUGCUAGGUCGUCAACAAUGUGUCAGAUUAGAAGGCGUAUGCUCCAACUUCAAAACAGUUAAAUCUGGCGUUUUUCAAGGUUCACUAUUGGGGCCGUUGCUGUUCAACAUAUUCAUUAAUGACUUGAAUUUCUGUGUUCCUAAUGUCUCAUUGCGGCUGUACGCUGAUGACACGACUGCCUACCUGUCUGAUGUAUCUCCACCAUUCUGGAAUUUUCCUUCAACAAAGAUCUUCAGACUCUUUCGUCGUGGUUUGAGUUUAACCAUUUAACAGUGAACAGUACUAAGACUCAAGCAUUAUCUGUCGGAUCCUGUGCCUAUCAUUAUUCUUUAUUUCUCAAUAAUGCUAGAAUCGAAUUUCUCCGAUCUAUUAAGAUUCUCGGAGUUACUCUAGACAAGGACCUAUCCUAUAAAGAACACAUAUCAGAUCAACUAAAGAAAGCCUACGCGAAGGCCUCUGCACUGACCAAAUACAGAAAUUACAGCAACUACUGCAACUACACCAAACUACACCAACAACAGGAAUUAUAUCAACUACAUCCAACUAUACCAACUACAACAACCACAAAAACUACAGAAAACUGUAGCAACUACCUUGACAGAAACUACCUGGACAUGAAUUCUUCUAUAUUCGUAACGGUUAUCAUAGAUCAUCGCCUGUUUAACGUUUCUGUUCUUCUCCAAUUGUAUCGAUCUACUAAUGGUGGUUUGGAACCCACAUCGCGGCAGGAUACUCUAAAUUUGGUAUAACAAUAGUAACAAAUUUUAGGUUUAGCGUUUUGUGUGUAGGGUAUAUAUUACCUCUCACAAAUCCGAAUGGCUUAUUUACUUUGUAACAUUUAUACUGACAUGAGAGUUCCACUUCCGGUCAUUUGAUGACAUAACUUCCAGAUAGGCCUGAUAAGCUGCAGGUAUUUGGGAUUUGUGAAGGUGAACAUCACCGGAUGACUGUUUAUAUUACUGAUCGUAACCAGCUAUUUUCCUAAGAGGUGUAAUAUGUCCAUUCCACAACAAAUGGUGUCCAAAGUUCAUUAAGGUUCUAUUAUGGGCCCUUUGGUAUUUUCAUUGUUUGUCACAGAUCUACCUAAUUGUUUGACAGCUUUCAAUGAGUUAAUGUACGCAGGUGAUACGGUCCUCUAUUACGCUGCCUCGGAUGCAAACCAGCUAUUUUAAGUGUUAAAAAAACAAGCUCAAAUUCCUUUUGGAUUGGUCAAACAAGAACGAUCUGUUCUGUCACCCUAAGAAAACUGAAUAUGCUGAAACUUAACUGCUAUGCAACUUAAUCAUUUGACGUUGUUAAGCUUAGUGAAGUUUCCGGCGUGCCGGCGCAAAAGCUAUCCGAUAUACAGUCAAAUUAAACCUCUUUUAAUUAAUACGGACACUAGGGACUAACCAAGUGUCGGCUUUACAGAAGUGUCCGUAUUAUAGAGGUAAGGAAUGUAUGAUUUUUUGCAUUUCUAGGACCAAACGAACUGUCCGUAAUAGAGAGGUGUCCGUAAGGAGCAGUUGGACUGAACAGUCUAACCUAUCCUUACGGACACCUCUAGAAUACGGACACUUCUGUAAAGCGCACACUUGUUUCUGUCCCUUUGGUGUCCUUAUUAAAGACGUUUGACUGUGGUGUGAACAUAGCCUCACACAAUCAGCUGUUAUUCCAAUAAAGCUAAGUGUCCCAUAAGGCACGUUCUACUACAGUUAAACCUCUCCACAACGGCCACCUUACGGACAGAAGAAAGUGGCCGUUGUAGAGAGGUGGCCGUUGUAGGGAGGUUUAAACAUCAAGAGUCAAUGUAUGGACUGUCCGCCAAAAAAGUGGCCGUUGUAGAGAGGUGGUCGUGUGGAAAGGUGCCCGUUAGUGGAGGUUCGACUGUAUACAUAAUCCAACCUUUGAGUUUACGUGAAGGUUUAAGUAUGUCCAUAACAAUGCUCCAGAUUUGUUUAGGAAUUAUUUUAUCAAGUCAUCACUAUGCGUAAAGGUUUAAUUCCUAAGGUACGUACAGAAUCUGCAAAGAAAGGCUGCAAUUUCAUACUACAAUGCAAGCUUUUAGUAAUUUGCCACCUCAUUUGAAAGCUGGUAAUUAAAACGUUAGAUGUCUUUAAAACGAAGUUUAUAUAGUGUUAAUGAUAUAUGAAAUAAAUCAUAUAAAGCUUUAAGUUUAUAUAGUUUUAAGUUUUUGUUCUGAUACAUUAUACAUUUCGUUUAUAUUUACUGAUUUCUGUCACCUGUAUUAGGACUAACCUCCACGAACGGCCACCUCUCUACAAUGGCCACCUUUUUAAAACCGCCGCUUUGUUCUGUCACCAAGGUGGCCAUUGUGGACAGGUUCAACUGUAUGCAUAUACCACAGGAUAAAUUUAAAUUAAUACAUCGAAGAGGACAGAAACAUAUGAGCAGGAACAUUUAAAGUAAAGUAAAGUAUUUUCUUGUAAUAUAAACUUGCAAUAUCAAAGACAAACUCCUGGGUGAAAAUUUCCUUGAAUAAUCUAACUAAAACCAACAUAUAAAAACUUGCGUCAUCUGGCUUGGCUAAACAGGUUUUUAUAUUUUUCGGAGAAAUAAAAUGACAAACUCCUGCUAGCCGGUUCUUAAACCACUUAUUACUGCAUUCGACGAAUUAACACCCGGGCACCUGCUGAUAUGCUUAAAAUACUCAAUGAAAAAUUUCAAAAAUCUUUUCUUUCCCUUCACCAUAAGACAAAAGCCUUCUUUAUACACUGUGCAGGCGAAUAAAAAGCAGUGUUUACGAUACUUGUGGGAGAACUGCUCCAAAUUAUCUGAUAAAAUGAGUCCAAGAGAGCCACUGAGCUUCACAACGAUUAUUAAAAUGUGAACAAAAGGUUGGCCUCCCGGCUGGCAGUUUCCAAGGCAUACGAUAUGUUUAACAAAACCGUCCCGCUGCACAACAUAUGGUAUUUCUCGUUCGUAAGCUCACAUAUAUUUACUUCGGCUUGCUGAGUGAAUCUCCUCUGGAGCUAUAGUUCUUACUCUUGUUCGGAGGGCGCCUUCUUGAUCGAUAGCGAGGGACUUUUUUUAUCAUCUCAGAGCAAUCUGCCAAUAAAACAUUGUUCUGAAUCACAUUCAUAUGAAUCAGAUAAUAAAUACGUUAAGUAAAACAUUUUUCACACUCUGAAAACGACCCAACGAACCAACCAUUAGUCUUAAGACUAGUCUGUCAAGUCACAACAAGAAAAUAAAUUAUGUGGUAAAAGGUAAGACCAUGUCAGUAAAAUCUCACUGGCUUUAUGUUGCGUAUCACGAAAAAAGGCAGAUGGUUUUUGCGAGUUUUCAAUCAAAGAUGUCCAAUCCGAGAACGCAAGUAUCUAAUUUAUCCCGAAUUGUAUAUCUUCGAACCUUUUAAAAAGGAGGAAAUGAAGCCAAACAUUUUCGUCGUAGGAGCACUUUAAAUUGUAAAUGACUUAUCCGAUCACCGAGUGUCAAAGUAGUCAAAAUUUCCAGUCAAACUACCAAUGGUUUCACUCAAUGAGAAGAUUACCAAAAAAUUAAUGGUUUAUUUAAAUUUGAAAUGGACCCACGCAAAAACAGAUGGUAUUGUAAAACAACAAUCGUUUUAUUACUUCUCCUGACAUCGCCUGAAUUGAUUAUUUUGCGUUGAAUACGAAAAAUAUAUAAGUGAAACUAACAGAAAGGGUUUUGUCACUAAUUUGGCGCAAGAGUAAGAGAGCGAAGAACCGUUCCCAGCCUACUGAAUGUGAUUCAUGUAUCGGUAAGGUUACUACUAGCACUAGUUCCCUUUUGCACUAAAUUCCUGCUCAGAAAUUUGCUGUCUUAAAAUCAGAAGACACCUUGUGAAUGUGACAAUAUUUUUAGCUUAUUGACCGUUUCUGGAUAUGAAUGGAAAGGGCUCUAAACUCAACAAUUCAGUUUUUUCUCUAACCUCCAAUAACAAAAGGAUUUUUUUUUGGCCGUUUUGAAAUGACGAUAGAAGUGAAUAUAUUACUGUUUCUUCCGAGUGUCCUUUUGGAUCAGAAUGUUCACAAAUACCUUAUCACUCAAUUUUAAUGUUUCCUCUACGGCUUUGACUUAAAGGCUUUUCGAAUGAUAAACCAUUUACACCGUUUGAGUAACAAAAUUGCCAAAAUUACUACCACAAACAUUCAUAACUUUAUUUAACUUCAGAUCUUAGAGUAGCCUAAAGGCUAGUAUCUCCGUUGAGUGACACAUACAACAUCACACAUAAAAAUCAUAUUUACAUUAAAACACAAACCGUUGGUAAUAGUAAACGUCUAAUUUAUGAAACUAUGAGAAACAAGUAAACGUCUAAGUUCCUUCAGACUAAUGGUUCUCCUAAAAGAAUCGGGAGGCGAGUACCAAUAUUUCGCUGCGGCAUCCCGGGGAGGGUACUUGGGUUAAUUUUUGCUGCAUGGUAGGUACAUGUGCCGCUGACCUCUCAGAGCCCCUACCCCACUAUAGUCUUUUCUGUGGCCAAUUUUAGACCCACCUUAGUCACUUUUGGAGAAAAUAUGUAAUGUUCGCAAUCCCAACUUAGUCACUUUCUAUUUUUAUGAAUUGACCCAUUUUUUAGAUUGAAUGAAGAACACUUUACUUUUCAUCUACAGUACAAACAUUCUGGUGCGUUUGCUAACCUCGAAUAUGAAGAACUGUCUUAACCCAAAAUUCCGAAAGUGUGCGACACCAAUCUAGCAAUUCUAUUGAAAAUGCGACCCCAUCCAGCGGCACCUCCCCAUUAGCCUCUUAUAAGGAAGUACCCUUCCCCCCCCCCCCGAUGCGGCAUUUCUAACUGAGUUAAGGCUAUAUGUAGGUGUUUGGGGUUUGGCCAGACUAACACAUUCGUACCUCUUAAGCUAUAUUCAGUCGUGCUAAACUGAAAUACCUCUUUAAGGUAUUCUGGAUAGUUAAUAAAGUUAAUGCAUUUCAAAAUACACAUCAUCAUAAAUUUAUUGCUAAUUCUCGUAUUUGCCAGGCUGGGUGUAUCGGCUCGCUCUAGUAAAGUAUCAUAGUCACAGUUACUGAAACGUUUGAUGCCACCUUUUUCCUCCAGUAAAGGGUAAACGUCGAUCAUCCUCAGCAAGGUGAAAACCGCCGUCGGACAACCCGUUCUUUCAAUUCACGAAAUAUUAUUCACAAUAAAAUAAGACUAAGCAAGGGUAUAUGUUGAUCAUGUUGUUAAGGCUAUAUCCAAAUUCCUUUGAUAUUUCCUUUUCCGUUUGUUAAACAUGAGCGAAAAGGUCAAAACGGUUUGAUACUUUGAUAAUUUGAUACUUUACACUUCUUUUUGUGUGUCUGGCUAUCUCCAGCGGGCUUGGGAAAUAUUUUAGGGGAAUCAUGUUAGCAUGUCCAUAUGUCUAUCAAUAUGAUUUUCCUCCAGGGUACUACUGCACAGCAUACAAAGACGAUGACUUGGAUGAGAAGUAAAGUAUUCUCCAGCGUCUUAAGACUAUUUCUGUUUAUAUCCCCAUUUAUUCCACAAACAUUCUGCAACCACGAUUUUAGAGCUUACAAGGAUGGCGACGUAAUAAUCGGGGGUCUGCUCAGCAUACGCUUACCAGAGGGUGAUGAUCACUGCGGUAAUCUUUUCACAACUGGACUGGGGCAUGUAGAAGCUGUAAUAUUCGCUAUUGAAAGCAUAAACAAGAAUCCCGUUCUUCUUCCGAACGUGACACUCGGAUAUGACAUACGAAACUACUGUUUUAGCACGGACAUGGCUGUGAAAAUUGCCUAUGACUUCAUGCAAGAUAAUUCUGCAACGGACAAUACCAUGCAAAACGGAUCCAAGCCGAUCUCAGUGCUUAUUGGUCCUGACACUUCCGCCAGCGCAGUGCUGGUUGGAAGCUUUCUUCAAGUCGUUGACAUUCCUGCCAUCAGCUCAAUUGCCACAAGCGUAGACUUGAGUUCAAAAUUGCACGAAAACUUCUUCAGAACAGUUCCACCUGACAUCUGGCAGGCAAAGGUCAUGGCAGACAUUAUAGAACUCUUUAACUGGACAUACGUGGCGGCUGUGGGUUUGGAUGACUCUUACGGACGGAAUGGUAUUUGGGCACUAGAGAAAGAAUCAUACAACAGAAAAACCUUCUGCGUUGCCUUUUCUGAGCACAUCCCACGACGAGACUAUCAUGAUAAGAUCAAGCAAACGGUUGCUAAGAUUAAGCUCAGGUCUAAUAUCGGAGUAAUCGUCGUCUGGCUAGCAAGCGAUUAUGGUAGAGAAUUUUUUCGAGAGGCAACUAGUAAAAACGUUGUAGAAAAGACUUGGAUACUCAGCGACGCAUUGACCUCGGAAGAAGCUGUGUUACUUGACCCUGACUUCGCAAUGCUUAAUGGCUCCUUAGGAAUACAGCCACAUGACUAUCCCGUACCCGACUUUGAAGAGCAUCUUAAGAUUAUCACCCCUGCAAAAAGCCUUGAAAGAGGCAGAGAGUGGUGGGAGGAGUUCUGGAGAUUAGAAUUCAACUGCUCAGCAAUUGAUCUGGGACGAAUUCCAACUUGCGAAUCAAAUCUGACGCUACACAAUGCCCUAAAACAGAUCCGGAACUCUUUCGUGUCGUAUGACAUUGACGCUGUUUACGCUAUUGCGCACGCUCUGGAUAACAUUAAACACUAUUUAGUUACGAAUAGAGAUAGUUCUUCCUCGAAACAGCCGAUUGUUAAGGGACGUGAUCUACAGAAGUAUCUCCGAAAUGUUAGUUUUGAUGGUUUAACUGGCAAAGUUCAGUUUGACAUGUUUGGUGAUCCUUUAUCUGCUUCAUACGACAUUAUUAACUUUCGAAGUAGAUCAACCACAGAGAGAGCUCGUAAAAAGAUUCGGAUUGGAGUCUGGGAUAGAGAAGGUACGCCUAGACUCAAUUUAAAUGUCUCGGGAUUACAAUGGAAAAGCCUCUCGACUCAGUUUUCGUUCUGUUCCUCAGAGUGCUUGCCUCGCACCAGAAAAGAAAUCACCGAGCCAUGCUGUUGGGAAUGUAAAAAGUGUCUUCCUGGAACUAUCAGCACCGACAUUGGAUCCACCACCUGUACAAAGUGUGAGGCAGAGACAAAGUCAAAUGAAGGGCACACUGGGUGUGAGAAGUUACCUAUUGUCAACAUCACCUUCACAACCGCCACUGGAAUAACUAUUACAUUGGUGGCUUUCGUUGGAAUUAUCCUCACAUUGUUAGUCUGCGGUACUUGGGUCAAGUUUUACAAUACCCCAAUCGUGAAGGCUUCCAGCAGGGAAAUCUCUCUUCUCUUGCUGUUUGGCAUCUCAGCAGUUUUUAUUUUAGCCGUCCUUGAACUUGCAGAGCCCAACAAAUUACUUUGCAGUGCAGCGACAUUCUGGCGUUAUUUCGCUCUCAAUAUUUGUAUUACGGUGCUGUUUUUGAAAACGAUGCGAAUCGCAAGCGUUUUUGAGGUUGAUAAAGUUGCGCAGUUAUUUGCACCGUGUUACAAAAACCUAAAAACGCAACUCGUCUUCCUUUUUGUUAUGAAUUUAACUGCCCUCUCUCUGUUGGCCCUGUGGAUCGUUCUGGAUCCUCCAAGGCGUAAAAAGAUCAUCCGCUCAGAUGAGUACAUCUUUAUUGUUUGCAAACCUUUCGACACAAACAUUGGUCUUGCACUGUUCAUCACAGUCUGUAGUUACACCUUAAUUGUGGCUCUCUUCUGCACAUAUUACGCUUUCAAAGCAAGAGGAAUUCCCGAGAACUUUAACGAAACAAAAUACAUAGGAUUCUCUAUGUACAUUCUACUAUUGUCAUCAAUAGCAUAUUACCCUGUGGCGUUUGCUUUUGACAGCUGGUACGUAACACUCGUAUCAUGUACUACGGCGUUAAUAACUUCGUUUGGCUUGUUGGGCUGCAUGUUCGGACCAAAACUCUUCAUUCUUCUCUUCCGUCCCCAGCAAAACUCCAUGCAAAGCGUCAGGUCGCAGGUGAUGAAUUUCUCAUUUAAUAACGUAACGGCAACAAGAGUUUUCCCUGCUCCGAUCAAUGAGGGAGUACCCAACGUUGCUCUGGAGUGAAACAGCAAGAGGGACUGUACAAGUGAACUUUGACAAGUUACAAUUCUCCAGUUUGUCAACCAGCUAUUCUUUUAGCGAAUAAACAAGGGAAAAGAAGAAUUUAAACAAUUUCCUUCAAGACCUGUUUUUAUAUUUGCUAACCUGAGUGAACUUAUAGACAGAAAAACGAACAUUAACAACCGAGCGAGACCCAGCCGGGGUAUUGACAGGUAGCCCCACAUGUAAUUAAACACAGGGAACAGAGGAGGCUAGUUUUUCUCACUUAGUAUACGGAGUGUACCAUGAAAAUGCAGAAGUGGCAAAUUUGGGAAAUGGUUUCUGACACUAUGGUCAGUUAGGGUGUUAAGGGUGAACGCUUUUAAAUACAAGUUUCCUUAAUACAUGAUUGACUGAAGGUAGGUAGGAAUCAUACAGAUUUGUGGAUAAAAUAUUAUGCUUUCCUGAAAAAUGUAUAAAUGUACAGUCUAUAAUUUGUUUCUGUCCAAACCACACAAGGACGGUGACGAUCAUUCAAAACGUAGUGCCUUCGUGCAUCUUAAAACCGCCACUCUUUUUUGGCUAUGAACAAACAACUUCCAAAUAUGCGCAUAAAAUUUAUAAAGAUGGCAAAAUAAUAAUUGGAGGACUCCUUAAAAACCACUAUUCUGAAACUGGUAAUCAAUGUAACAGGCUUUCUACAACAGAUCUUGGCAAUGCAAAGUCUAUGAUCUAUGCCAUCGAGAAAAUGAACACGAAUUUCACUAUUGUUCCGAACGUGCCAAUCGGUUACGAGUUAAGAGACCUCUGUUAGAGCGGUGCAUUGGUCAUGCAAAUAGCCUAUGAACUAAUGCGUGGUAAUUAUCCAGGUCUAAUCAAAACGCCAGCUUUUUUUCGAACAGCUGUGUCACGAAAAACAAAACCAAGGUAAUCUCAGCACUUCUUGCACCUUUCAAUGCUGGAGGUGCAGUACUAGUAGGUGGCCCUUAUUCAAAUUUUUUAUAUUCCCGCCAUAAGCCCCACUGCAAAGAGCAUAGAGCUUAGUUCAAACGUCCAAGAACACCUCUCCAGAACAGUUCCACCAGAUGUCUGCCAAGGAGAGGCAGUGGCAGACAUCAUAGAAUUCUUCAACUGGAGAUACGUGGCGGCGGUGCGUUUGGAUGAUUCUUAUGAAUAGAAUGGUAUUUUUAAAACACAGACACCUUUCGCCUUAUUUUUUUCUGAGUAUAUCCCGCAGCUAGACUACAAAGAUAAAAUCAGUCAAGCUGUCCUAAAAUGAAAGUCUGAAACCGCAGUGAGCAUCGUUUGGCUUUCUGGCAUUUACGGAAGUGCGAUUUUUGCAAAAGCAACUGCUCAAAAACUCAAUGAACAGACUUGGAUACUAUUUCUAGCAUCUCACAGUGGUGUGCCGGUCUGCUCAGCAUACUCUUCCCUAGUUGAGAGUGAUAAUCGCUGCGGUAAUCUUUUCACAACAGGACUGGGCAUGAAGAAGCUAUAAUAUUGGCUAUUCAACGCAUAAACAAGAAUCCCGUUUUUCUUUCAAACGUGACACUCGGCUAUGACAUACGAAACUACUGUUUUAGCACGAAUGGGGCGGUGAAAAUAGCCUGCGACUUCAUACAAGAUAAUUUUGCAAUAGACGGUACCAUGCAAACAGAUGCAAGCCAAUUAACCCUACGAAAUUCAGACUUCUUUAUUCCUAGGUUCAAUACCGUGAAAUAUGGCAGACACUCUAUUAGAUACCUUGGAACCAUUUUUAUGGUCCAAAUCGACGAAAAAGGACAGGGACCUAGCCACAUUAUCGGCAUUCAAAACAGUAUUCGGAAGAAAGACCUUUCCUAGCUGAGAACAGAUGUUCAAAUUGUAACUUGUGUAAUACUUGAGACCGUACUUGUUAAUUUACUUUUAGAUUAAUUAGAUUGUGGACUAUUUUAUUGUUAUUAUUAUUACUUAUUUAUUUAUUCAUUUUUAUAUAUAAUAUUUUAACGUUAUUAAUGUAAUCUUAUAGUGAAUGUUUAUUGUAAAUAUUAUCCAAUGUAAUCUUAAGCUUAUUAAAUAGAUUUUAUUAACUAGGUGUCCCCGAUUAGUAGGUUACUUGUCGCCAGCUAGAAGAUUUUGACACGUUAAUAAAGUUGUUCAUUCAUUCAUUCAUUCAUUCAUUCUCAGUGCUUAUUGGUCCUGAAACAAUCCGCCAGCGCACGUGCUGGUUGGAAGCUUUCUUCAAUUCGUUGAUAUUCCUACCAUCAGCUCAUCUGCCACAAGCGUAGACUUAGUUCAAAAUAGCGGGAAAACGUCUCCAGGACACUUCCGGCGAACAUCUUUCAUUAAAUGGGGAGUGGAAGGCAAAAUUAGUUAUAUUCGUCUGUUUCUUUUCCUCAGGAGUUCGUGCCCACAACUAAGCUAACAGGAAUUUCCAAUUAAGGCAAAAAGAACAGGUGGAGAUACCAGAUUUUGCACAACUAAAAAAAAUUAAGUGGGAUAAGACAUUGAAAAGCGAAUUUGUAUUUAAUUGCCUAAUUGAACGUUACAAAACAUUUUACAACGACUCAUAUGUUUAAGGUGCUUACUUACCCCAUUUCAAAAAGCAUUUUUUGUAACUUAACAAUUACGACUUAAUUUCGAUCCAGAAGUCAUAUGUCAUUGUACAAUUUAAAACUAAAAACAUUUCCCAUGGGGAAAGGACGGGUUCCUUUUAUAUCUCUGCUGGCGGUCAUCUAAAGAUAAGCAAUCCAGCCUAAAUUCACUUAAAGAAGCUCUUCGAGAAAUUUCUGCCGGUUUAAAAACAGAGGUAGUCGCUAAAACAGAAACGUCAAGCUAAGUUAGUGCAUGCGAUGCCUGUGGAAACAUCCUUAGUGUGCUACAGCAUUGACACGAGUCAAAACCAGUGCUUCUUUUUUAACUUGACACGAUACAGCGCGAUGCACGAGACUUAGAGUACGCUUUUGUAUAGUGCCCAAUUUAAAUGAUAAGUUUUGCUACUUUCGCAAAAACACCAUUUACAGUGAGUUUACAUUUUAGUACAAAAACUGGAUGGCGAUCGAUCCCUCUUAAAGUAAUGGUUUGCUGUUUGUGCUCGAGAGGCUAUUCCAGAAGGAAAGUGAGUCCUCUUUAUCAAAUACUGCCGGCCUACUGCCUCCUUUUCACAAUUUUUUCUUACUCAUGACUAAUAAAUGACUUCGGAAUGAUACUCACUUCAAAAACGAUUGUCAUAUGUAAAAUUUAGUGUUUCACGACGAGCUUUCUUAAACGACUCAAACUAUUCGUGUCCAGCAGGUCGUGGGAAUGAUUGGUGCUUAGUCUUUAGUUAGAGAGUCAACCAGCAACAUUAAGCAAGUAUCUAUACAAACACAAAAACCGGUUUAGAUUAUCAGUUCUCUCGAUGAAAUUAAGAGAUGUUGCUGACGUAUUACUAGGUGGCUACCUCACAACUACUUUGUUUCAGGCAGCAAAAAUAAAGAUGAUGACUUAGACAAGAAAAAUGGUUUUCUGCGGACGCUUCUACGUCUGUCAAGAGCAAUUUUACAAGGUCAGUCGGGUCCAAGCCCAUUUCAGCGCUAAUAUGCCCUUCUAGACUCGAGCUGAGCGUUAUUGGUAGCAAGCUCACUAAAGGUCGCUAGGAUUCCUGCCAUUAGUUCAACUGCAACAAGCAUAGAAUUGAGGUUCCAAUUUUACAAUGACUCUUUCAGGCCAGCCCCUUCUGACAAGUGGCUAUGGCAGACAUAAUAGAGCUCUUUAACUGGACAUACGUGGCGGCUGUCGGUUUGGAUGAUUCUUAUGGACGGAAAGGAAUUUUGGCGUUGGAGAAAGAAGCUUACAACAGGAAAACGAUCUGCAUUGUCCUUUAUGAGUUAAUUCCACGACUAGACUAA